AUGUCUGCAAACAACUUUGCGCAAUUUAUGGUGGUAGGCCCGACAUGUUUCUUCCUCGGUGUCCUCUUCUCCCAACUCCCCUACGACUACAAUGUCCUCUGGAACGUGCCCGAAGACCGCGCCCCGUACUUCAACAUCCUUGAAGACCACAUAAAAUUCCUCUACGCCUCGCCUCCUCUCAUCUCCCGGGUUCUAAACAUCGCUAUCGGCACCGGUCUGCUCGGCUUCCUCAUCAAGCUCUUCAAGCCCAACCAAGCGAACAUGCUCUUCGAUGGCGCGUCGCUUGUGCUGUACAUGGCCGGCAUAACCGUCUACCUCACCAACAUCGUCAAGGGCUUUAGAGUCGUGACUGCUGGAAUCUAUGGAGAUCCGAGCAAGGCGGCUAUGGAAGGAGCGGUAUUAGAGGACGAUGGCGGAGAUUACAUUACCCGGGAGGAUACGUUGAGGGUUUUCGCGGCGAGCAAUACGAUCUUGGCCCUGGUGCUUGUGGGUGUGUUGGUGUUACAGGCGGGGCAAUGGUAUGCGAAGCGCGCGGAGGAGAAGGAGUUGGCGGACUUUGCGAAGAAGGCCGAAGAGAAGAAGGGAGCAGGAAAGAAGAAGCAGUAA